GUUUUAUUAUUAUCACUAGUCAAAAAAAGAUAACCUGCAAUUUACAACUGGUGCAGUUUUGUUUAGAAUAUUGUGUUUUAAUCAUAUCAUAUAUUUAUAUUCUUGAAAUAAAUAGGAUUACUUUUAGUAAACUCACGUUAUAACAACAAGCCAUGGCAAAAUCAGCACCGAAAAGUAAAAAGUCCAACGAAGAGAUUUUUGCAGGUUUUCAAACACUGCGUGCGGAACAGCGACAGCUCGGAAGUAAGAUUUCGGAGCUGCAGAUGGAUCUAAAUGAACACAAAAUCGUGAUUGAGACGCUGCGCGGCGUGGAGGCGACGCGCAAGUGUUUCCGCAUGGUGGGCGGCGUGUUGGUGGAGCGCACGGUGGCGGACGUGCUCCCCGAGCUGGAGACCAACUGCGAGCAGCUGCCGCGCGCCAUCCGCACGCUCGAGGAACAGCUGUCCAAGAAGGGCGAGGAGAUCAACGCGUACAUCGAGUGCCACGACAUCCGCAUCCAGCGCACGGACCGCCCGCCCGCCGAGGAGGCCGCGCAGCAGCCCGCCAAGUCCAAUGUGCUCGUCACCAGCGGUUGAUAUUCUGUUCAUACACAUGUCUACAUGUCAUUCAGAUGGGGCCGUGCAGAUUCGCAUGAGUGUUUUCUGAACUGUUUCAGACUUUAAUAAUUGUCAACAUUAAAUGCUGGAAGUAAUUUUAUGUACUAACAUAAUUAAGAGAUAAAAUGAUUAGUUCUGUAAUGCAUUUUAGGAUUCUCGCCACUGAGGUACUAUACAUUGCUUUGCAGAUAUAAUAAAACCAUUGAUAAUUCAAAAAAAUAUAUUUAUUGUAAGUUUUGUAAAAAUAAUACAUAGUCUUAUAAAAUAUAAAA